GUGUGCUUGUGCUCACUGGCCAUUGCAUGGUGGAUGAUGGCCGCCUCAAAGCCUGUUGAACCGCAGACCGGGAGUGGUCUUCCCCGCUGGCAACUGGCACUCCUUGUGGGAACACCAAUCGUACUGGGUGCCGGGGCCUUGUACCUUUGGAAUCGAAGCCGUACGAAGGAGAAGCAAGGCAAACGGAACGGGGAACGGAAGACUCCAGAAGGCAGUGCUAGUCCUGUACAGGGCCAGCAUGGAGCAACUCAUCCACAGCAGGAGGAAAUGCAUUUAGCCUUAAGUCCUCUGGACAGAGCCCAGGCUGCCAAAAACAAGGGCAACAAGUAUUUCAAGGCUGGCAAAUAUGAGCAGGCCAUUCAGUGUUACACAGAGGCCAUUUCACUGUGCCCCAAGGACCAGAAAGGAGACCUGUCCACUUUCUACCAGAACAGAGCCGCAGCCUACGAACAACAGAUGAAGUGGACAGAGGUGGUUCAGGACUGCAGCCAGGCUGUGGAGUUGAACCCACGCUACGUUAAAGCUCUCUUCAGACGGGCCAAGGCCCUGGAACGACUCGACAACAAAAAGGAGUGCCUGGAAGAUGUGACUGCGGUGUGUAUUCUGGAGGCCUUUCAGAAUCAACAGAGCAUGCUGCUGGCAGAUAAGGUGUUGAAGCUGCUUGGGAAAGAGAAGGCCAAAGAGAAAUACAAGAACCGCGAGCCUCUGAUGCCGUCCCCCCAGUUUAUCAAAUCCUACUUCAGCUCCUUCACCGAUGACAUCAUCUCCCAGCCCCUACAGAAGGGAGAGAAGAAGGAUGAGGACAAGGACAAAGAGGGCGAGGCCGCAGAGGUCACAGAAAGCUCUGGUUACUUGCGGGCGAAGCAGUAUAUGGAGGAGGAGAACUAUGACAAGAUCAUCAGCGAGUGCAGUAAGGAGAUUGAGUCUGGUGGGAGGUACACAGCGGAGGCGCUGCUCCUCCGCGCCACCUUCUACCUGCUCAUCGGCAACGCCACGGCCGCCCAGCCCGACCUGGACCGGGUCAUCAACAUGCAGGACGCCAACGUCAAGCUGCGGGCCAACGCGCUGAUAAAGCGAGGCAGUAUGUACAUGCAGCAGCAGCAGCCUCAGCUCUCCACGCAGGAUUUCAACACGGCGGCCGAGAUCGACCCACGCAACGCAGACGUCUACCACCACCGCGGACAGCUUAAGAUCCUGCUGGACCAGGUGGAGGAGGCCGUAGCUGAUUUUGAUGAGUGUAUUCUACUGCGUCCAGACUCUGCCCUGGCCCAGGCGCAGAAGUGCUUUGCUCUGUAUAGGCAGGCCUACACAGGGAACAACCCCUCACAGGUUCAGAAGGCCAUGGACGGCUUUGAGGACGUGAUCCGGAAGUUUCCAAAGUGUGCAGAGGGCUAUGCUCUUUAUGCACAGGCUUUGACUGACCAGCAGCAGUUUGGCAAAGCAGAUGAGAUGUAUGACAAAUGUAUUGAGCUAGAGCCCGAUAACGCCACAACCUACGUCCACAAAGGUUUACUCCAGCUUCAGUGGAAACAGGAUCUGGACAUGGGCUUGGAGCUCAUCAGCAAAGCCAUUGAGAUCGACAACAAAUGUGAUUUUGCCUACGAAACCAUGGGAACCAUCGAAGUCCAGAGGGGGAAUCUGGACAAGGCCAUAGAUAUGUUCAAUAAGGCCAUUAACCUGGCCAAGUCUGAGAUGGAGAUGGCCCACCUUUACUCUCUGUGCGACGCUGCCUACGCCCAGACAGAGGUAGCCCGGAAAUACGGGUUAAAGCCCCCAACGCUGUAACUGACCCCCCCAUCCCCAUUCCCACCCCACCUCCUCUUACUGCCCACCACAUAUCACAUCAUUUUAUUUUAUUAAAGACAUUAACUCGUUAUUUAGAAAGGAAAACCGAAAAGGUUCUGUGACCAUAAGACUAUGUUUACAUCACCUUUUAUUUGAGUACGAUCGACAGUGAGUUUAAGGGGUGCAUAGGAGGAGUAAAAAAAAAAAAAAAACACAAUAGAGGGAGUCAGGGGAGGACAGAGUGAAUUUGUGUAAAAGAGAGUCGGUGGUUUAGUUCACACGCCCCUCUUGGCACUUAGUAUGGCCCAGGCCACACCCCAAACCACACAUCCCCCCCAAUCAGUUUCCCCCGCUGUGCUUUUAAACGACAAACAAGCUCAAGCAUACUGUCGUCUUUGUCCCUGCCAACCUAAACCAGGAUUUGUCUAAAUUUGAGAUAUACUCAACCCAUGCUCUUCUGAGUUUUUUUUUUUUUUUAGACACUAAAAUAACUAAAAAGAAUGUCAGAGCGAACAUCACCAGUUAAGCUUUGUGAAGUUUGUUUGUUUAGUUUUUUCUACCCCCCCCAUGUCUUUUUUUUGUCACUGUGAUGCUAAAAUGGUGCAGACUGUUCAGUUCUGUCUGCUCGCCUCCACAUCCUAAAAAAAAAAAAAAACUAAAUGCAUUUUCAUCCUCUGACAAGUGCAGGAUUAAACUUGUAGUCAAGACGUGUAUGUGUAAUUAGUCUGUUCUGAUGUCUUUGGUGUAUCACUGGCAUUGAAGAGAAAAUGUGAUAAUGGGACUUCGACUAUAGUCAGCUUUGAGGAUGUGGGCCGUACCUUGAUUUAUUUGUUUGUGUGUGUG